AUGGAGUCCUUUGGAGCUCUCAAGCGUCGGACGACCGAAAUCCUCCAAUCCCUACCGCAGAAUAUGCCCAACAUGCCCAAUGUCAACGUGAAGAGGCCAUCGCUCUCCAGCGGCUCCGGACCCAAGCCCAUGAAGGGCACCUGGGAGAAGAUCGACGUCCCUCCUCUGGCUCGCUCGUCUCAUACCCUUAACGUCGUCAAUGGCAGCGCCUACGUCUUUGGCGGCGAGGUCAGCCCGCGCGAACCCGUCGACAACGAUGUCCACAUCAUUAGGCUGCCGUACAACAGCGCCGGUGCCGACUACUACAAGAUCAAGUCUGUCCCUCCGAAGCAGUACACCCCACCCUCCGACCCCGAGCCAGUCGCGAAGAAGGUCGAAGUGAAGGUGGAGGAACCGACCGUCGAGGAGAAGGCCGAGCAAAAGGAGCAGCUCCUUGACGAGGUGUCCCUCGCCUCACCGGGAGCCGGUCCUGCCGAUGAAGACAUCUCGGGCGAUGAGGAGAGCGCAGAGGUGGUCCAGGAUAAGGGCAAGGGCCCCGCCACUCCCGAGAAGGCCGCACUCGGUGAGGUUCCUCCCGCGCGCGUUGGUCACGCCAGCGCUGUCAUUGGCAGUCGCAUCUUCGUCUUCGGCGGUCGCGGCGGUCCCGAAAUGAUUCCUCUCGAAGAGGCCGGUCGCGUCUGGGUCUUCGACACCCGUACCAACACCUGGACUUACCUCGACCCUGUCCCUCCCGCGCCUGGCGUGACCAACUUACCCAUGCCCUCGCCGCGAUCCUACCACUCCGCCGCGGCUACCGACCGCCCUCGCGACUUCGCUCCGAAGCGCCCACGCCGUGCCCAAACCUGGAAGACUUGGGCCAUUGGCGACAGUUCCGAAGUUGGCAUUCCCCAAGCUCCCAUCGUCGGCCACCUCGCCGCCAACGCCGUUGACGAAGAGGAUGAGGGAUACGGUACUUUCUUCGUCCACGGCGGUUGCCUAGCGGGCGGCGAACGCACCAAUGAUCUUUGGGCUUUCGACGUCCGAAGCCGUGUGUGGAGUCAGCUUCCCUCCGCUCCUGGUCCGGCCCGCGGCGGCGCAGCCAUCUGCGUGAGCAAGAGCCGGUUGUUCCGCUUUGGUGGUUUCGACGGCAAGAGUGAGCUUGGAGGCCAACUGGACUUCAUUCAUCUCGAGAUGGACACCUUCGACGAUGGCGUUUCUAAGAGUGAAAUCGCCGUUCACGGCCGCGGUGGAUGGCAGAGCAUCGUCCAGGGUGCCAAGACGAGCGAGGAAGAAAUCCACCAGGUCCCCGGCCAAACAUGGCCCGGCAACCGCAGUGUGGCCGGCCUUGAGGCCGUGACCGUUGGCGGUGGACGUGAGUAUCUGCUGCUCAUCAUGGGCGAGCGGGAGCCGAGCCCGGACGGUCACUCCGGCGCCGGCGCCAUGUGGGACGAUGUGUGGGCAUUCCAAGUCCCGCCCCACGGCAUGACUGCCGCCAGCGUCCGGGAUGCCAUGUGGUCAACCAUGGGCUGGCAGACGGGCGAGGGUAAGUGGACGCGACUUACGACGGAGCCCUACGACGACGACAACGAUGAUGGCGAGCCGGCACCUCGAGGCUGGUUCGCGACGUCGCCGAUGGGAGAUGUCGAGGAGACCGGUGUUGUUGUUUGGGGAGGGCUGAGCUCGGAGAACAAGAGACUGCGCGACGGAUGGAUUUUGAGACUCCCAGAGUGA